UUAGCUUCAACGUGUUCUGAUGAUUGGCUGUUAGCUAGAAUGAAAAUAAGCCCCUUUGAUAACAACACCGAAAUUAGAAUUGGCGACAUACACCUGGGAGUUAACUGUCCUGUAACAAGACUGUUGCCAUUUAACUAUGAGUUUUCCUAUCCUGUCACUUCUUGUGGGAUCAAGAAAAAGUUCCAAAGAAAUGAUGUUGCUGUAUUAUCAGAGAUCAGUUACAGACCAAUGCUGCUUAACUAUAAAUUUCCAGUGGUUUGCUUUGUAAAGAGGCUUAAAUUCCCAUCUGUGAUGCAUUUUGGAAUGAAUAGAUUUGAUACCUUGAAAGAUAUCACUCAAAACACAGAAGAACAAGAGUCAUCGGCUCCCACACAAAAUAAAACAUGUGAACCUAAUUUUAGCAGUGUUAAUAAGGAGCAGUUAUCCAUAAAUGAUUGCAUCAAUAAUGCCUGUGUCAUAACAUCCUCUCUUCCCUAA